AUGGAAGACAUGAUGAUAGAUACUGGAAUAGCUCUAAACACCCGCAAUCUGAAGAGCAUGGGGAUUCUGAAUCAAGUGAGGGUCAAACCAACUCUGGACACCUCCUGGGAAGCUCUUAAAGAUCAGAGAAAGAUUCCAAAUGAACUCUAUCUGUUCUCAAAGAUCGACCCUCCAGAGGUAGUCAUGUAUUACUUAGAUGAUCUACGAAAACAAGGAGUAGAGUUCUCAGACUUCAACUUAGACUGGCUGCCAGAAUGUCCUCCAGACUUCAUGAAGCGACCACGACGACCAUCUGAGAAGGCAAAACAGGAGAAGAAAGAAAAAUUAGGAGAAUCCUCUGGAUCAAGACCUCUAGUACCUCUGACUGGAUCCUCUGGUAAGUUUGUCUCUCUCCCUCCUUUUGUACAAGUUAACCCUAUUGCUUCCUCUAUCCAUCAACCAAAACCCAUAUACAUUAACUCAGAAACUCCUCCCUCAACCACCAGACCAUCUAACCAACCCUCUCAAAAAUUCAACCUAUCCACCACCACUCUACCCAUUUCUGAAAAAGAAAAGCUAAACAAAACAACCUCACCCUCCUCAUCUUCUUCUCCAGAAUCACCACCCUACUACACACUAUCUUCAGACACUGAACCAUCUGACCCUCACUCCCCAACUCUGGCUCAGCUCCAAACACGUGCUUUGGCCUCUCAACAGCCAACACAUUCCAUUUCUGAACCAGAAGUCACUUCGUCACCCACAGAAGACCCAAACACAACCACAUCUGACCCUCCACCAUCCGAACCAAUUCACGCUGAAACACAACCACUUAACUCUGACAUACCCCCACCAAAUACAUUCGCUGAACCACAAACUCCCACACUCAACCUAAGCCCUCCCAAUUCUCCACCCCAAGCCUCUAAACCUGAAAACACCCUUCCAACCCUUGAGGAAGCAAUAAUGGUGUUUGUAGAAGCUUCAGUUGACAAGGAAAGUAGCUAG